ACUGACGUUGAGGCAGCAGAACGAGCCGAAGACACACCUUUCUUCUCUGGCCAUCUUCACUCCCGUCCCCUUCUGUCCCAGCACGGCCAGGCUGUAAGCCAGCAGACAGUUGGCUGCAACGACCUCCCUAAGGUGUGUAGUUUUGCCCCAUUCUUCAGUUGCGUUGGCGACCAAACCGUCGUGAGGUGUGGACGCUUUGUUUGCAGUGUCACUUCAACAAGCGCCUAA